UAAAGUGUACUGCACACAAGUGGAGACCGAUAUUUUCUGCCAAUUUUGUUUUUUCUUCAACUUUGUCAGUUAACAGUCUGAAGAUCAUGGCAACAGCAGGCAAGGUUAUCAAAUGCAAGGCUGCUGUCGCUUGGGAGCCAGGGAAGCCCCUAUCAAUUGAGGAGGUGGAGGUGGCACCACCGCAGGAUCAUGAAGUUCGCAUUAAGAUUGUCGCUACUGGAGUGUGCCACACUGAUCUUUACUUUCUAUAUGAAGCGGGUGAAACAAAGGGAUUCCCUGCAAUUCUGGGACAUGAAGGAGCUGGGAUUGUAGAGAGUGUUGGACCAGGAGUGACCAAAUUCAAACCAGGAGACAAGGUUAUCCCUCUGUUUGUUUCCCAGUGUGGGGAAUGCAAGUUCUGUCUGAGUCCCAAAACCAACUUGUGUGAUACAAACUGGAUUACCCAGACUGAAGGUUUGAUGCCUGAUAAGACAUCCAGGUUUACCUGCAAGGGGAAGUCCAUCUUCCACUUCAUGGGGACCAGCACUUUCUCCGAGUACACUGUAGUGACUGAUGUCUCUGUGGCCAAGGUGGAUGACUCUGCCCCUCUUGAUAAAGUCUGCCUGCUCGGCUGUGGCAUUUCCACUGGGUAUGGAGCUGCACUCAACACCGCCAAGGUUGAACCCGGCUCUUCCUGUGCUGUGUUUGGUCUGGGAGCAGUGGGUCUUGCCACUGUGAUGGGCUGUAAGGCAGCGGGAGCCUCUCGGAUCAUAGCGGUUGAUAUCAAUAAAGACAAGUUCAUUAAAGCAAAAGUGUUCGGAGCAACUGAAUUUGUCAACCCCAAUGAUUACAGCAAGCCCAUCCAGGAAGUACUCAUUGAGUUGACUAAAGGAGGUGUGGACUACUCCUUUGAGUGUGUGGGCAGUGCUAUUGUGAUGAGAGCUGCCCUUGAGGCAUGUCACAGAGGCUGGGGAACCAGCGUUGUUGUUGGCUAUACAAACGUGGCAGACACGUCUACGCGACCGUUUCAACUAAUAUAUGGACGAACAUGGAAGGGAACAUUUUUUGGAGGAUGGAAGAGUGUGGAGAGUGUACCUAAGCUGGUGAAUGAUUACAUGGCAAAGAAAAUCAAGUUGGAUGAGUUCAUUUCCCACACUCUGCCCUUGGACCGCGUUAACGAGGCAUUUGACCUGAUGACCUCUGGGAAAAGCAUUCGAACAGUCCUGAAAAUGUAGGAAAGAGAAAGCUUCAAGCUCCUAUCUGAAAUGCGUGUUUAUUUUCCCUAGAUCAUUCUAUAUAGUUUGUGGUCAAUACACAGAUUAAAAUAAAUUAUCAGGAGAAUGCAGUGGGCAACAGUAGCAAAGUCCCUACUCCAGUCUUGAAUUACCUCUUCUAUUUUGAAUGGAGAAACCCUAUUGGAGCCCAACAGCAAUGUUUUGGUCUCCUAAGCACUCUUGUGGUGGUUCUGUUUUGAAACGCUGCCAUUGAUUUGUCUCCUUUCACAGUACUAAAUAAAGUCCUGAAGUAAACGCUUUGGAAGUGUGGCUCAUUCUUAUACAUGCAAACACAUAGUAUGUUCCAAGUGACUUCAGUCACUAACUAGGCAGAUAUUUUAUCACACAUCAAAAGUCAGUUGCAUUGUGGUCUGACCUUAUGAGCUCAUAUUCUGACUUGGAUAAAUCAGAAUUGUUGCCAGUGCUAUAUAAUAUUACCCUGCAUUUGUCUGUCCUUAAACUUGUAACCCUUCUCUAGCAAGGACCAUGCGUUUGCAAUACUGCAGUAAUAAGGGGGUCAACAGUUCACCUUCAAGAGUGUCUCUGUUUGUAUCGACCACUGUUAGGAUCAUUUAAAGAGUAAGUCACUUCAAAUAUAAUUGUAAUUGAUUAUCUACAAUUGAUUCUCUACAAUUUUACGAUGUUUGCCAUGUGUGGCUCUUUCACUUGCUUCAAUACUAAGUUAACAUCAAAGUGAUUCCUUGCUUGAUAUUUAAUUCGCCAUUUAAUGUGAGUUAAGAUCCUAAAGUCUGAGAACCUGUGAGGAUUCUAAUGAGCACAAUAAAAGCUUUACCCCAAA